UGGAUUCUGACGUUUGUUGUUAAAUGCCGAAUAAAAGAAAACAGACAAAAUUCGCCGAUAAAUUUAUAAUAGUAUUUAAAAUAAAUUAUCAAACAUUUUACAUAAAUUGUGUAUAAUAAAUAGAACUAAGCCCCACAAAAUGAGUUUUCUACUUAAAGCAGCUACACAGUUCAACAACUCGUCAGUAAUCACCACCACAGGCCUUAGAUGUCUAACCGCGGGACUGAAUUUUAACUUUAACUCUACAAAUAAUCACCAACCACGACAACAAUUUAGAUAUAAAUCUCAAUAUACCACGAAUGCAAAGAAUAAUCCCAAAAAAACUAGCAAUGCCAUCUAUACAUUAUUUACUUUGGGUGGUAUUACAAUGGGCUAUUUUCUUUUCGAUAAUAUGGAGAAAUUGAAAAAGGCUGAAAUGAAAUCAAUAGAAGCUACAAAAAAACCAGUCAGUGUUAGCGACCAGCAGCAAGUCAAUAACGAUCAAGAGGAGGAGGAGGCUUUUAAAUUAUGGCAUUCGACAGAACGCAAAGAUUUGCCCACCUAUAAAUUGGAAGAGAUUAGCAAGCACAAUAGUUUGGAGAAGGGAGUCUGGGUAACAUAUGGCAUUGGCGUGUACGAUAUAACCAAGUUUAUACCCAAUCAUCCGGGUAGUGAUAAAAUUAUGUUGGGUGCCGGCAGUGCCAUAGAUCCAUUUUGGGCCAUUUAUCAGCAACAUAAUAAUAAGGAAAUCUUAAAAUUAUUAGAAACAUUUCGUAUAGGAAAUAUAAGUGCAGAAGAUGAAGUGAGCACCGAUGAUAUGGGUUCACCCUGGGCCAUGGAACCUAAAAGACAUCCCCUGUUAAAGCCUGCAUCUGAAAGACCUUUUAAUGCUGAACCUCCACUAUCGAUGUUAGCUGAUAACCUGUACACACCCAAUGAAUUCUUUUAUGUCAGAAAUCAUUUGCCAGUACCAGUAAUUGAUGCAGAAUCGUAUGAACUGGAAGUAGAAAUAACCACUCCCCAAGCAGGUGCUAAGGAGGAGCAGAAAACUUUAACAUUUAAAGACAUAAAAGCUUUACCAAAGCAUACCGUGACGGCAGCUAUAAUGUGUGGUGGUAACAGACGUUCGGAAAUGACCAAAUUUAAAAGUGUUAAGGGUCUCUCCUGGAGUGCGGGAGCUGUUGGUAAUGCCAAAUGGUCGGGAGCUCGUUUGCGUGAUGUUUUAUUAGCCAUGGGCGUAAAACCAAACGAAAAACUACAUGUUAUUUUUGAGGGUGCCGAUUUAGAUCCCACUGCUAAUCCCUAUGGAGCCUCUAUACCUUUAUCGAAAGCUUUGGAUGAAAGAGGCGAUGUCAUAUUAGCCUACGAAAUGAAUGGUAAGCCCUUAAAUCGUGAUCAUGGCUUUCCCAUACGUGCCAUCGUACCAGGCACUGUAGGCGCCCGCAAUGUUAAAUGGCUGACACGUAUAGAGGUGUCGGAGAAUGAGUCAAGUUCACAUUGGCAACAGAACGACUAUAAAGGUUUUAGCCCCAGCACCGAUUGGGAUACAGUGGACUUUACAAAAUCUCCCGCCAUACAAGCUAUGCCCGUAACAUCUGCUAUUUGUUCACCUGCUCAAGGUGAUAAGGUUAAAGUUUCGGAGGAUGGUUUUGUAGAAGUGCGUGGUUAUGCUUGGUCUGGCGGUGGUCGUCGUAUAGUACGUGUUGAUUUAACAGCCGAUAAGGGUAAUAGUUGGCAUGUGGCCACUUUGGAGCAAGAAGAUGAGCCCGAUGGUCGCCAUUAUGGUUGGUCUUUGUGGACAAUACGCAUUCCUGUUGAUCCCAAGCUAAAGGGUGAAGAAGUUGAGAUCUGGGCAAAGGCUGUUGAUUCAGCAUACAAUGUACAACCCGAACAAUUUGAAAAUAUUUGGAAUUUGCGUGGUGUACUGUCAAAUGCUUAUCACCGUGUUAAAAUUGUUCUUCAUUAAGAAUGAAAAUUUUGUAAUUCAGUUAAAGAAAUAAAAAUGAAAAUACAUAUUUUUCAUAUUUUGAUUACUUUAAAUAAAAUAUUGAGAUUAGUGAUACAGAUAAAGAAAUAAAAAUGAAAACGUGUUCCAAAUUUUGAUUAUUUUAAAAACUUGUAAUUUAAAUCUGUUAAUGAAUUAAGAACCAAAGAUGAAAUUAAAUAAUUUGUAAUUUUGAAUUUCAAACUAAAAUUAAAUAAAGAAAAUUUUGAAAAAAAAAUGUUUAAUAAAAAUAUUUUUUGGAAAAAAAAUGUACAACAAAUUUUUAAUUUUUUUAUAAAAUAAAUAUCUAAAUAUUUUGGAAAUAAAAAAAA